AUGGCGUCGGUAUUUACAUUCGACCCUGACCUUCCCCGGGUUUCAUCUCCGUGGUUAAGCUCGGGAGCCUCAACGCCCCAUUAUCAAAAGGGUAAAGGUAGCUCUACCUCCGGACCCAGCCCCGUUGAUACGAGCGAUCCGGGCUUCCUUGAAGCGUGCGGGAUUAAGAAACUCCAGCCAGAGCCCCAGGAUGGGCCUAUUGAGUAUAAACUGCAUUUACUCUUACGCCCUAGACGUCCUUUUGUCUCCUUGACUUCGGGGGCCCAGGUUUCGGGGUCACACCAUUCCAAGUCCCAUGGUAACAGUGUUACAGAAAGAGAUACCUCCGAGUCCCCUGAGCCAUCCUCACGGCCUGCACAGUCGUCUUCAAACUCACCAAGACAGGCUCGUUUAUGCCAACUUACCACCCAGCUCCUAUGGAGACUGCAGCAGUCAUCGCCUUUUCAUUCAUCCUCCACGGCAAACCUGGUUCUUCCUGCCCUUCCGGAGGCAACCGAGACGCUUGAUGUCCCCAGCACGCUGUCUCCGCUACUUCCGGGCCUUGAAGAGAGUCAGGGGGCCUUGUAUGAAAUUGGUGUUACUGAUGACGGCACUUUUGCGGGAUUAGCGGAAGACGAACUGGAUGAAAGCCUUGUUAAUCUCCAGGCCAUGGCUGCAAGCCUGGGCUGUAAAGUUGAAGUUCUUCGCCGUGUUGCAGUGGGAUAUUGCAAAUGGAUGGAGAAGGAUGGGCUCUCUACUCGGACCGAGAAACUUUGGGUCGCGGAGGCACUUGUUAGUCCUGAUUUAAAGCAAUGCCGCUCCCAGGCAUUGAUAAGCGGAAUAUCUGAUCGCUGGAAAGAAAAUGGCUGCUCAACAUAUCUUUCUGUGACAUGUCAACAAGAGCUCACCGAACAGCUUAAUGUGGCAAUUGCAGGGGCAUCCGGAGCUGGAAAAUCUUCUCUUCUUGGGAUACUCUCUACCUCUGCGUUAGAUAAUGGGCGCGGUAAGAGUAGAUUAAGUCUUCUCAGGCACCGACAUGAGAUUGCUUCUGGUGUUACCAGCUCCAUUGCACAGGAAUUAAUCGGGUAUUCGUCGAACGGGGAUGAAUCCCCAGAUGUAAUCAACUACGCAUCUGGAAACAUCACUUCAUGGGAUGACAUCCAUGUUGCUGCGGGCAGCGGUGGACGCGUCCUCUUUCUGUCAGACCUCCCAGGGUCUUUGAGAUACGUCAAGUCUACCCUCAGAGGGCUCAUGAGCCUUAGACCACAUUACGUUCUUCUCUGUGUACCUGCAAACAACCCUGAAGACCCAGAGAGUACCGUGCCGCCUGAAGUAGGUAUGUCACUAGCAUACCUUGAACUAUGCGUCAAACUAGAAAUUCCUGUUGUCGUGGUAGUUACGAAACUUGACACCGCUACUAGAUCUAGUAUCAGACAGACGUUAGCUCAAGUUCUAUCAGCAAUUAAGUCAACCGGACGUAAGCCCUUGAUGCUACCUGUACCGGGAGAAGCGAAUGACCAGGACAUGGAAGUUCACAGCAUCUCACCAGCUGAUCGAAAGGAUGCCAGCGCCGCCAUUGACUCCAUGGGGCGUGAUUGCUUAGAUGGUAUUCCAAUCAUCAUUACCAGUGCGGUUACCGGGGCUGGGGUUGGGAAACUGCAUGCCUUGCUACAGUCACUCCGUCUCCCUCCUGUCGAGCCCAGCCCACGCCUCGUCGAGGGCUCUAAAGAUGAUAGCGAAGGAUACCCAAAAUCUCUAUUUGAUAUCAGUGAAGUUUUUGAAAUGCCGCUUUUCAAAGUAUACUCUCUAUCAAAUGAAGGCAAGCGGCAGGAUGAUCGAGGUAUUGUUCUUUGUGGCCGUGUCCGCCGCGGUACUAUUUCUAUCGGUGACCGACUUGUUGUGGGACCUAUCAUUCCUGAACCUCGUCCCCAUGAACCAACCAACACACCUCCGCGGACCAAAUCAACCUAUAGCAAAUCCCUCCCAGAUUCGUUGCCUUCUACACGCCCCCGGAAGUUCAACGGAGAUUGCCUGGAUGCGCAGCCUCAAACGCGUGCAGUCUGGAAACAAGUCCGGGUCGUCAGCGUUCGCAACCUCAGGCUCCCUGUCAAGGCCCUUUUUGAACACCAGGUCGGCACCAUUGGUGUUGACUUUGUUGAUUCAUCAACCUCAGCAUCCCUCGGGAGAAUGCGCAAGGGAAUGGUACUAGCGGACUUUAAUUGUGGGUAUUCAUCCAACUCACUACUUUCUUCACGCCCACUCUCCACCUCUGCUCCAUCCUUCCAUUCAGGGUUCAUUGCUCGGUUCCGUGCGUCAGAUUUCACAGCUUCACCCCCCAUGUUAGUUUCUGGCAGCACUUCUAUGGUAUAUAUCGAGAGUAUACGGGCUGCAGCUCGGGUAAUACUCGUGGAACAGGCAAAAUCACAAAUAACCGCGUCCUGUGGCAUGGAGCCAGAAAUAUUCAUGCUUGAUUCCGCAGAGCAUAGUCGUGCUGACAAUGCUCAUGCACUUACUGAAGGAGACCAUGAGGACGAAGAGGUCAAUGUGACAUUUUCUUUCACAACUUCCGUCGAGUGGCUUGAAGUGGGAUCUCUUAUACUCGCAGUCCCUGGUACAGGUAUAGGGGUUAUAGCCACUCCUCCGUCUUCCUCAUCAUGCCUGUCGUCGAUGGCUCGAGGAUCAAAUUUGACUAGCGCAUCAGGCUUGAAUGGUGUCGUUGGUAGAGUCUGUGAGGUCCUACAUGCCUGA